GCUGGAGCUGCUUAACAUGCUCUCCACCUGCUGCUGCUGCACAAACUAGUGUCAGAGGAGGGAGCUUCACGGGGAAACAUGGUUACCUUUCUGCUUUUGAUUUCUUUUAAGUUCGUUUUGCCGCUUGGGAGCUUUUUUGACGGAGCUUGUCCCCGAAAAGACCCUGCCCCUGGGGUCCUGGUUGUACCAACAGGAAGUAAGUUGCUUCUAACCUGCGAUGGGCUUGUAAAGGUGAACGGAGAGAAUGUAGUCUUGACCAGAGUUGGCUCAAAUGCCAACAAAAUCUCUCCAGUUGGAGUCACAACUCCUCAAAAACUUGCAAGUAACUCUACAGUCUCUACUGAUAAGACUGAGAUUCAGACUGCAGUGACUACAGUAAAUGGUGAAUAUGACUCUACAACUGUGGCAGCAGUCAGCACCGUGCCGGGAGAAAAUACAAACUCUACCACAUACAAAACUUCUCCUCACAUGCUCCAGCCAACCACCUCAACCAGGACACCAGAUGAAGCAUCCACCCAGGAGAAUGAAGAGAUACACAGCCUUGAUGAAGUUGAGGAGGGGGAGGACAGCAGCAGAGUACCAAGAGAAGCCGAACUUAAGCUGAACUAUCAGUGGAAGUGGAAUAAGCAGCUUUCAUGGGAAAAAUACAGAGAAGUCACAGUUUCCAAAGAUGGGGCAAUCCUGUCUCUGGACUCGGUAAGACAGACGGAUGCCGGGAGCUACUCAUGCUAUCACAGAGGCAGAGAGAUGACUGCCAUUAAAGUCAUUGUUGCAGAGCUUCCUGAGACUCCCAGUCUGUCCUGCUACAAAAAGUUCCCUGGGAGCAAAAUUCGUUGUGAAUGGAGGCCUCAAAAGCCCAUUUUAAAACAGCCUAAUUGUUACCUCUUACUGAGUACAAGAGGCUUGAAGAACUUCGCCAGAAUUCCCUGCUCGUACUCCUAUCUGCACUCCCGCUGUUGGUGUGCUCUGGACCACAAUGAGGAUGAGAUAAGAAGCCAUCAUUCGGCCUUCCUGUGUGUUACUAGCAUCCUCGGCAAUGCCACUAGCAGCCUGCUGUAUUUCACACCGCUGGAAAUUUUAAAGCCCGACCCACCCGCAAAUGUGUCAGUCCACCAGGAAAAGGGGAGGGAGAGGAGAUUGAGAGUCACCUGGAUCCUACCAAAUUCCUGGAAGGAGCGGAGCGAUUAUUAUCGCUUGAUGUACGAGCUCAAAUACAGACCUUUAAGGUCCAGCUCUGACCAGGUAAUGGAGAUUAAAUACGAGCGCUCAUACGUCAUCACCGAUGUCCUGCCUGGUCAUGAGUAUGUGAUUCAGCUCAGAAUGAAGGAAGAAUAUGAUGGUCAGUGGAGCGAAUGGACGACACCAGUCAAUGCCACAAGUUGGAUUGCAGAAACUGAUGAUCUGAUGUCCAUGGAGUUUAACUUGACCUCCACAGAAGGUUCUGGUUCCUCUGCAGAAGACUACACUGAUGAAAUCCCAAGUGGUGAAAGUAAAACCCCAGACCCGCCACAUGAGUGGAUCCAUUUCAUUUGGGUCGCUUGCCUUUUUGCUCUCUUGUCAUUCAUUUUGACCGUCUAUAUUUUCAGACACAAGGACAGACUUAUGUCAAAACUCCAUUGUUUUAAUGUCGCCCCUCCGCUUGGCGACUCGCCUCCACAGCCGUCCUCCACCACAGCAGCACCAGAGAGAGAGGCUCUGGUGACCUUUGCUCCUCCGUUUUACAAGGAACACCCACUAAAUGACAUACAAGAAGGGGAAGAAAAUGAGGAAGAACAGUCCGUCACGGACAGAAUAGAGGCCAUGCACUUCAACAACACAAGCUAUUUCCUGGUGCAGAGGCAGUAAUGAAUCUGAGGGGAGUUGAACAAUUUGACUGUUUUGUAUUGUUGGGAUGUUUUGCACUUUAAAGCCAGAGCUGCAGGUGACAGGAUGAAGAAGGACCUUCUUGAGGGAGAUGGCAACAGACUCAGUAGCUGCUUGUUUAUAUUGCAUAGCAAUGUUUCUAACUAUAUCUCACACCCUGAUUUACUCAAAUGUGUUCAUGCUGUGUUCCCUAAGAAUAGCCUUUUGCCUCUGUCCAACAUCUGCACUAAUUUAAGAUGCGCUAUUAAACUGUAUGUUUCAUGCCACUGGUUUUGCCUGUAGAGAAAAGUUAGUGUAUUUUAAGUUUCUGUACAGUUUAGAAAAUAUUUGAGAAGUGGGUGUUAAAUGCAUGGGAAAGAUCAAGAUUUUCCUGUUCUGUACAAUAAAUGGUCCUUGGUAGAAGUGUAUGUGUAAAUAUUUACUAUGAAGAAACUAUGUUAUUGGCCUUAAGGUCAAUUUUGCUUUAUUACCUUGAACUUGAGUGUUUGUGCAGGAGAUGGUCCCUUUAUUAAGAAUUAGAACGGUUUAAAUAACAUAUUGAACUUAAAUGAACAUGUAAAAACUACAAACAUGAAAUAACUAUGUACAUACUGCUGCAUUGCACAGGAGAAAAUGGGAGUUACAGUGCUAACAGUGGCCAUAAUCUGAGACAAAUCCAAAAUAAUUUUUAAGCAUAAAAAGAAAUUAAUUUAACUUAGGAAAUGUUUAUAAUCGAUAAAGUCGU